UUGAUCUAUCUCAACGUCUUUUCUCUUUGACUCUACAAGUGGGGAACUCAAACUCGGGGCUAACGACGUUAGGGUUUUAGCUUCGGAAGCUUCUUCUGUCUGGUCUCCCUUACCUUGCCACUGAGCAAAAGCUGACAAUGGAAUCUGGAGAUGGCGGCGUUGACAGAAUCGUUGACUCUAAGGAUUUACAGCAACAGAGCAAAGCCUUUGACAAGCUCACCGACCGUGUCGAAGAUCGCCAGCUUGAUUCUUCUCGUGCCCAAUCGGCCAUGGCUUCGAUUGCUGCGUCAGCUGAAGCAGAAAAGAAUGCUAUGAUAUUGAGAGAGAAAGAAUUAGCUUCUGUUAAGAUCAAUUCGGCUGAUGUCGACAUCAUUGCAAACGAACUAGAGUUGGACAAAAAGGUGGCUGAGAGAACACUCCGAGAGCACAAGGGUGAUGCUGUUGCUGCUAUUCGAUCCUUACUUCACUAAACCGAGUUGGUGACAUAAAUUGAUAUUUCUCAAGUUUCUGCCAAAACCAUUUGUAAGAUGGUGAUCAUUGAAAUGUUAACAUGAAUUGCUACACUGCAGUCAUCAUCACUGUAAACGUUUCAGAGUCACUUAACUCAGUUUUAAUGGUGAUGGCAGCUAUGCAUAUUGUUUUCCCAUUUAUAUAUG